CUCAUCUCCUGAUAAGACAUUUCGUGGAGUCACUCUGCACAUGCUCAGUUUGGUGAGCAUUGCUAGAGGGGUUUUUUUUUUUCUUUGGGAGGGUGCAUUUCCAUGUUCUGUGUACUGUGAGAGACCAGAUAUAGUGAAUGCAGGGUCCGGGGAGACCAGAUAUAGUGAAUGCAGGGUCCGGGGAGACCAGAUAUAGUGAAUGCAGGGUCCGGGGAGACCAGAUAUAGUGACUGCAGGGUCCAGGGAGACCGGAUAUAGUGACUGCAGGGUCCGGGGAGACCGGAUAUAGUGACUGCAGGGUCCGGGGAGACCGGAUAUAGUGACUGCAGGGUCCGGGGAGACC